UCCAAAUAAUCGGAAGUACGUCAACAUAGAUUUAAACUAUGUUCAAUAAUUAAUGAAAGUAAAUUAUUACUAUAAGUUUUUAUUUAUACAAUUUAUAUUAAAUGGCGGGAGAAGUUGUAGUCGAUGCUCUACCAUAUAUUGAUCAAGGAUAUGAUGAACCUGGAGUUAGAGAAGCGGCUUUGGCUAUGGUUGAAGAAGAAACACGUCGCUAUAGACCAACAAAAAAUUAUUUAGAACAUUUGACAUCAUUAAAUAUAACUGCUUUUGAAACAGAGGUAAUGAAACAUGAAUUUGAACGAAUGCAAAACCGUUUACCUAUGGAAGUACUUAGUAUGAAACGUUAUGAAUUACCUCCACCUCCACCAGGUAAAAUGAAUGAUCUUGCAGCAUGGAAUGAAAGUGUAGAAAAUAGCAGCGCACAAUUAGAGCAUCAGGCUACAAGAAUUUGUAAUCUUGAAUUAAUGAUGGAAUAUGGAUGUGAAGCAUGGAAAUCUUAUUUAGAAAUAUUAGUACAAUUAGUAAAUCAAGCCCAAAAACAAUUACAAGCAUUAAGAAAAAAGAUACAAGAAGUUAAUUGGCAAAGAAAAUCUAUGCAAACUCAAGGAGGAGAAAAGUUAAGAGCAUUGGAAGCACAAUGGGUGGGAUUAGUAUCAAAGAAUUAUGAAAUUGAACAAGCAUGUGUGCAUUUAGAAGAAGAAAUACAAAAGUCCAUGAUGAAUAAGGGUGAAGGAGUAGAAAUCAAUGAUGUACCAGGAGAGGAAGAACCUGAUGUUCCAGAAAAAAGUGCAACAGAGGUUAUGGCAACAGAAAUGGAUCAACAAGAACAAGAAAAUCAAGAACCUCAGAACAAUGUGUAAAAAUAUAAAUGUAUAAAAUUAUGAGUAAUUAUAUUUUGUAUAUGUGUAUUAAUAUAUAAAAAUGAUAAAUAAAUUAAUUUAUUAAUAGUAAAUAAAUAAAUUUACUAUAAUUAAUAAAUUGUCAAAAAGUUACUUAAUCUUGCUUAAGUUGAUUUUGAAAUAGGUUAUAUUGGAAAGUCUUGUAUAGUAUCCUAUAGUGUCUGUAGAAAAUAUGAUAUUUUUUAUGAAGUACUUUUUGUGCGAAUAUAUCAAUAUUUAUUAACAAAUAAUAAUAAUAAUAAUAAUAAUAAACAAUACAUAAAUAUCAUAAAAAUUAAUUUAUAAAUAUUAUUCAUCGAUUGUUAUUGGUGUUGAAAUAUCGUCAAAUAUAAAAGAGAUAAUCACAAUAAUUUAUCACAAUGCCUUAUGGUAUUUCAUGGACUCGAUAUAUUUGUCUUGUUACAUCAGCAUUUUUUGCAACAGCAGCCGGUUCACAAAUUGUACAUCUCAUAUAUCGACCGCUUGAUGAUUUAGAUGAUCUUAUAGAAGAAGCAUUUCAAAAAAAACUAUUAGAACAAAAAAAUGAUAACAAUACGUUACUUAAUAAAUAGAAUCUUAAUAAAUAAAUUAUAUAUAUUAAUUAUAAUGUAAUAUUAUAUAUCAAAAUAUAUUAAUUAUUUAAAUGUAAUUGUUUAAAUCUUUUAUUAUUUAAUAAAGUUUCUUUUUAAAGGAAUUGGGGAAAAUAAAAUUAAGAAAUAAAUAAUAUUACAAAUUAAAUAAUUUAAAAAAAUAUAAAACACUAAUUUUAGCUUCAAUACAAGAUUUAAUAAAGCACAAUUUAUUUCAUCAUAGUUUACACAUAUCACGCUUUUUUUUUAAUGCUUGAAAUAUACAUAUUUACAAGAUGACUAUCAUCGUCUAUAAAUGACAUAUAGUAUCAUGUAACAAUUAUUUAUAAUUCACAAUAUACUUGGAGGACUAUUUUAAAUAGUUUGCUCGCAUUGGUGUAUCACUAGCACAUUUUUGCAUAAGCUUAGCUUGUAAUUUAAAUUUUAGGAUAGCUACUAACUCGUAUUCUUUUUUUAUAUAAUUACAAAAGCGAAUAAUCAAGCGUUAUUCUUGGGCAACUAUUGGUAUAAAAAAAUACGUAAAUUUUAUCUCUAUUUCAAUCGUUUUGUAAUGACAGGAAGAAUAGUAAAAACACUCGUAAAGCCUUUAUCGAAUGAUUUCGAUUAAUCACUAAAUUGUCAUAAUGAUGUUUCGCUGGCACCAGAACUCUGUGAUUGAAGUGGUAAACUUGUUUUAUAUCCUGUCGAUUCCUCCUCUAGCAAUGCUAUCCGUUGUUUUAAAGAUUUUACCUAUAAAUCAAGAGAUAUGUAAAAAAAAAAAAAAAAAAAAAAGAAAAGAAAAGAAAAAAAAAGAAAGAAAUAGCAAAAAAUUAAUUAAUUCAGUUACAUCAUUCUUAUUAAGACAACAAAUUACUGCGCAGAAUCAAGCGCAGUUCAAUAUUGAAAAGACAAGAUGGCGAUACGGAAAAGAUCGUAGUGUGCAAUAAACAUGGCGUCGUUCAAUAUAAUCAGAAAAAUAAGAACGAUCGCAGAUAAAAUGCCUGGUAAAAAUUUGAUGGAAUUUAGAUUUUUACCGAUAUAUUUUAUCAUGGGUGGUGUGCUAGAGUUCCUUAUGAUUCAUUGGCAUGUUGGAGAAACUAACUUUUAUAAAACGUAUAAAAAGAGAAGAAUAGAAGAAGCAGUUCAACAAAGAUUAAAAGAAAUAUAUUAAUGAAUAAAUGAAUUAAUAAAUAGUAAAUAUUAUCCACAAAUUAAUGGGCAAAAAUGAAAUUUGUAUCUAUGACAACAAAUUAGUUUUCAGAAUAAUGUUGAUAUAAUUUAUGUGAUUUGUGUAAAAACAUAUAUGAAGUAUAAUAAAUUAUUUUACAAACAUUUAAGUACAA